AUGAGUGCGUGGACAGAGGAAGUGUUGUCUUGGCGCGACGAAAGACUCGGUAUCACCGAGCUGCCGAGUACCACGAGGCGGAAAAAUCGGAGUGCGCCGUAUAGGCUGCAUAGACCUCACUUAGCCACGGCUCACGUGCCUGAGCCGGUGCCGGAGCCACAAGGAACUCAUAUAUCAAGAUUGUAUCCGGAAUUGCUAGCUUUGAUUUUUGAAAGACUGCCAGUUCGGGAUAGAGGAAGGGCGGCGCAAGUUUGCCGCGCUUGGAGAGAUGCGGCAGAUCGGAGAUCUGUUUGGCGUGGAGUGGAAGCAGCCUUGCAUCUUAGAAGGCCAGCCCCCGUGUUAUUUGCCUCGUUAGCAAGACGCGGAGUCCGAAAGCUACAGGUUUUAUCCCUAAGACGGGGUUUGCGAGACGCGGUCGCCGCGUUACCCGGAUUAGAAUCUCUCUCCUUAAGUGGAUGUUACAGUGUGACGGACUCCGCUUUAGCCAGUGCAUUUGCAACUGAAUUGCCGGCGCUCCGACGGCUUGAUCUCUCACUAUGUAAACAGGUGACAGACUCUUCCCUAGGUAGAAUAGCUCAGUCGCUUAAAAAUUUAGAAGAAUUAGAAUUAGGUGGAUGUUGUAAUGUAACAGACACUGGACUUUUAUUAAUCGCUUGGGGAUUGAGAAAGUUACGCCGCUUAAAUUUACGAUCGUGCUGGCACGUUAACGAUGAUGGCAUAGCACAUCUAUGCGGAGGAGGCGAAGCGAGAGGUACCCCAGAGCUAGAGCAUCUGGGUUUACAAGACUGCCAAAGAUUGACGGACGAGGCUUUAAAGCAUGCUGCCACUGGUCUUCCUAAACUUAAGUCUAUUAAUCUUUCCUUCUGUGUUGCGGUUACCGAUGCCGGACUAAGACACCUUGCAAGGCUUCCACAUUUAGAAGAUGUCAAUUUGAGGGCAUGCGACGGAGUUUCAGACGCUGGCGUCGCUCACUUAGCAGAAAGUGGGCGCUUGAGAGCUUUAGAUGUUUCAUUUUGUGAUAAAGUUGGAGAUGAGGCAUUAUCACACGCCACAUUAGGACUAUCGGGACUACGUUCCUUAUCUCUGAGCGCAUGCCGACUUACUGAUGAGGGCUUAGAGAGGGUAGCCAGGCUAUCGCAGCUCGAAACACUCAAUAUAGGUCAGUGCACGCGGGUCACUGAUAGGGGUCUUCGAGCGCUAGGCGAAGGCCUAAGGAAUUUGAAGGCGAUAGACUUGUAUGGAUGUACCUGCAUCACUCCCCAAGGCUUGGACCAUAUCGUGAAGUUGCCGCGGCUAAGUGUGCUUAACCUCGGUCUGUGGCAUGUGCGG